AUGCCUCUAGAUCUAGACCCGUCCGUAUCUUUCGCCAAUUCGGCGCAUUCUCCGCCGUUGCACUCCAUCGAUACCUCCCGCCUGCGUGACGAUUCUCUUUUGGCUGCUCCAUUGACAUCGUCCUUCACAUCGCCAGGUGCGUCGAGUCUCUCGACCACUGGUUCUCCUGGCCGUCGGAACUCUUUUAAAGGGACCAGCAUAACUUCAAAUCCGCCGUCCACCCUCCCCACGUUGCCGAAGUACCGGGCUGCUUGGGAUUCGUCCACUUCGUCCCCAGAGAACAGAAAAGCUGAAAGCAGCAUCUACUAUACGACAGCCUGGGGCUCCCCGUAUGCUGCACCUAGCCCUCGGAGACUCUCGUGGUCAUUGAGUCAGCACGCUGGAAUCGGCCGAGGCUCUAGGGAUAGCUCCCCGACUUCGAUGCGCAGUGGUAUUUACAACGGGUCCGAAACGAAUAACCCCGAAUUGGUCUUAACGUCCGCCCCCGAAGAGCCGACUACCCAUCUGCACGACAGUAUUCGCAACCGCUCUCCAGGAAGAGAUAUAUUUGGCAGAAGAGGAGGGAAGUCGAUCAAAGAUUUCACACAGGAUUGGAUCAACCAAUAUCUCUCCGGCCAGCCAAGGACCGAACGCAGCAACUGGCUGAGCGACGACUCUGGCAGCGAGGCCCCAUCGUUUUUUACAGCUCAAAAUCAUUUCGCAGACGACCUCUCUGACGACUGGCUUGGUUUCGAACAAGAUAAGCGCGAAGAAGACUUACUUAGAACUCCGACAUUGGCCGACUUUGCGAACCGAGGAGCAGGAACUGGUAACGGAGAAGGUAGUGCCGCUCGUCAGAGAACUAAGGAAUAUUUACACAGAAGAGCGGAGACACUACGACAGGAAGACUUCUGGGGUUUCGCAUACGACAAAGAUCCCCAAACCAUCACUAUGGCGGAUACCAAGGAGGUACAGCUCCCCACUGAACCGGGAGCCAAGGCGCUGCCUUCAGUUGAAAAGCCACUUCCUCCUCCCCCAGCAGAUGCAUUGAACGAAAACCCUUUAGCUAUGGAAAACACGACAAACGCGGAAGCCAAAGCUGUGAAGACGCCAGUUUCAGACAAGCCUGCACAACGAAUUAGAAAAAAAGUUGCUUGGCGCGGAAAAGCAUGCUUCGUCGGGCUUCCACCGGAAGAUAAGCGAGGCAGCGAGGAGUCUGGGCACCGGUUAUUGACUGUCGAAGAUGUCAACAGGCGCCUAAAAUCAUGGGAGGAGAAAGGUUAUGACGUGCGCGGAUUUAGCGUCGGUGCAUCAGAGGAUUAUUUGAAUACAGAAUUGGGCGGACUUAGUCGUCCCACCUGGCCCGAUGCUACUGAAGUCCAAGAAGAAUGGAAUUCCCGGAGCUAUACCGUUUGCUUUCCCAAUAAAGCCGUAUGGGAUGCAUAUGUAAACUUCCUUCAGGAAGAGAAGUUACGAGCUCUGGGUGUAUUUUUGGGUGAUGAUGAAGUACAACCGUCAGUUUCACCUGCAUCGGCCGCCAUGAGCCAGAUGGCACCCUUCCCUGGUCUUGUUUCCUCACCACCAAUACCCACGGCGUCUGCGGCUAGUAACCCACUGUCGCUGUCUCACCCGUUCUCUCCCCAGUUGAGUCAAUCCACAAAUGCCCGCAAUGGUAUGGGUUCUUUGACUUCUCCUGCUUCACAGUUCGGUGUACAAACACCCUUUCUGGGGGUGGAUCAGAACCUUCUUCCUGGAUAUCAUAUUCCUUUCCAACCUACACCUCCUGCACAGGGUUCUUUGACCCCCCAGAGUUUCUUCAAUGCACGCCAAGCAGGCGCGGCGUCUACUCUUGCUGGCACACUGCCAAACUUAACCUCUAUAUUAUCACCAGUCUCUCCGUUGAAUGAACAGAAUGCGUUCCACCCCGGCCUGAACGAACAAUCUGGACUACCGAAAGAAACAUUCGGCGAUAAUAUGGGUUAUGACAUGCAGGAUAACAUGACGGAAGGCCAGCUACUGCGUCCUAUACGCACCCCUACCGAAAACCCGGAUAACUUCCAUGCUUCGACUGUUGAGAUCGCCCACCCCACGCCUCGUGGCCAUAGUCGUGGUCACAAUCUGAGCGAGACACUUCAGAAAGGCCUUGACCAAUAUGCGCAGUCUGAAUACCACUUGGAGGAGUCGAUAAAUAGACAAUUGGAUGAAGGUGACCGCGAACCUCACGGUUUCAAUAGUUCGGAUAUAUUAAAGUCUCGGUGGGCUCUACCAGAGAAUACCAACCACGAUAUCCAACAUUUGCCUCAACAUGUGCAUCAAUAUUACGGCGAAGCAUACCCUGGAGAUAACGCACAGGAAGGCUCAGAUAUCGAUACUAACCCCAGUCUUUCCGGUACACCUCAUGGACCGCUUGCGAACCAUAUACCUUGGCAUGAACCAAAACCAAGCGCUGGGUCAUACGGCGGCGGACACCGCUCGAAGCUUUCGUCUUCUACUUUGAAUGUUGAUGCGAAGGAAUUUGACCCGACAGCGCCUUCUUCACAGGCCUUCCAAUAUCAGGAUAAUUCCUUCCAAUUCCCGGCGGCGGGCCAUCCUAUGUUUGCAUUUGGCUCUGGUGCGGGCUUCAAGCAGCCCGCAGGUUCUUUCAAUGUGACCGCUCCUUCCUUCACGCCAGGCUCUUUCAAUGUCGCUGCCCCGGUUUUCAACCCAACCAAUAAUCAUUACUCGGCAGACCCUGAACAGUCAUCAGGCGGCAGAACUAAGAUCUUUGAUGAUGUCGACUUGUCCCAAGCGCAGAAGCUUACCAAAAAGUCGAAAGCUAUUCCCAUUGUACGCCCGGAUGAUAACGAGGCUAAUCAGUACAACGAAGAGGCAGCAGAGAAUGAAAAUGGUCGGUCUGCCGCUCCUACAGAUCGCCACAAACGUGCCCGCCGUAGUCUUGAGGGCCCUGAUGGAGAAGCGCAGAUUAGCGUGUCUCAUGCGCUGUCAGAAAACAUUAAUGCACAAGCAACACAGUCAUCUAACACAACCCAUGUAUCUGCAGGAGGCAAAGAGAACACUUCGCCUGAUAAGGACGGUGUCAAUUCAGUGGAGAGGGAAGUCGUUCCAGCCCAGGAUCGCAAACCCCAAGAGCGAAAGGACACUCCUGUCAGUGAAGCGUCAACCUGGAUGCCUUCUGAUACGAAAGAUGAGAGCGCAGACGCACGAGCAGAUACAUUGGAACAGAACCAGGCGGCGACAACACAGCCCGGGCCCGAAGAAGCUGGUGACGAGAAAACAGACCCAAAGCAACCACUAGCAGUCGAGGCAGGUACCCCUUUCAUUGUUCCCAAAGAGAAAGAGCAACCCAUGGAGGAAACUACCGAUACUCGUUUGAACGGAUCGGUCCUUUCGGCAGACGCAAAGCCAUUCGAAUUCAAACCAUCAGUGCCUGAUUUUAUUCCCGUUGUGGUCGAACAGCCGAAGACAUCUCCUGAAGACGUUGUCAAGAAAGGUGACAUCAUGGCUUCACAGAAUGCUGUCGCAAGCUCACCAGCUGCACACAAGGAAGACGUGGUUCCAAUUGAGCCGACGCAAUCAGGAACCGAUCCAUCCGGUGAUGAGCUGAGAACAGGCGCUCCUCAAUCUGAACGAGGCGUAGGACGUGAGUCUGAGGAGGAGUCCAUGGAUGAUGCGGAACUGAAUGCUGUUAUGGAACAGUUGAAUGAAGACUCGGAUGUAGGAAUUGAGAGGUUAAGCACACCUCAUCCUACAAACCGAUUCCCUGAAUCGGUUCUUGGGCCGUCAAAAGAAAAGCGACAUGUCCACGCAGAGAUCAGAAGUGAAGCCCCAAGCCCCAGUCCAGGAAGGGGUCAGAUGUCCCAAGCAUUGAAUGUGCCCAAACUUGACUUUGAUGCCCAAUCCCAGUUCUCAGCUACCCCCUCGAAGAACUUCGCCUCCACUAUCCACUCGCCCAUCCGACAGUUGGUUAGCCGAAACGAUCACAUCAGUGACUGGGACAGUGUUAUCUCAUCGGGCGAAGACGAGAAGCUAGCGAACCGGAGCAGAUUUUUUGAUCGCCGCAUUCAUGAGCUUGUGGGCUCGGUUGUUGAGGAGCGCCUCUCUCCUCUCGAGCGUGCAUUGAUAGCUAUUGAGAACUCCAUCUCCACAAUCACCUUCGGAGGAUCUCAGAACAAAUGGUCAUGGAGUGCCUCUGUCGAGGGUGAGGAAAGCGAUGCCGACGACGAAGAAGAAUAUGAGGAGGAUGCGUCCUACAGAGAAAGAUCCCCCGCUCGCCAAAGAGGUCGAAAGUUUGACAAAUUAAAGAACGUGGUUCUAGAAGCAUUGGCGAGUCGUGACGCUCAGCAUGCCGCAGAGAAGCCUGCCAACUCCGAAUUCGCCCAACUUCAACAAAGUGUUACAGACCUACAGGCUUUGACACUGAAGAAACUCUCUCAAGACUCUACGACCGAUCUGAGAGAAAUGAUUGAAGAGGUUGUCUCAGCCCAAUUCAGCCAGCAGAAGCCUCGCGCCUCGGAGGCCGAGGAGAUCGGUGCUGAUAGCCUCAUGCUUCAAAUUGAUGGCCUGAAAGAAAUGCUAAGGGUAAGCGAUGAGCGUGCUGAGGAGGAAUACAAGAAGCGUAGAGAAGCGCAGGACUCUGUUGUAGAGCUUCAGCACCUUCUAAAGGUUUCUGAGGACAACGCUGCUCGCCACAGCGAGGCUGCCGAAUCUGCCGAAACUCGUCUGCUCCAGUUCAAGGAAGAAAAGAUUCCUUAUUUCGAACAGGUCCAGUCAAGGUCCGAUGCACUUGAGCAAGAACAUGCCAAACUCAAGUUAACUCUAGCCGAGAUUUCUUCGAAGAACAUAUCCCUCGAAGGGACCUUGGACGAAUACAGAUUCUCUAGUGACCACUGGAAGCAGGAGAGCGAACAGUCCAAGGCCCAGAUCGAAGAAAUGAAAACUGAAAAUAAGGAUCUACGUGUCACUAUCGAUCAUAUGAAGUCGCGGAUCGAGGAUGGAUUGAGUGUAAGACAAAAUCUAAGCGAAAAAUUCGACCGCCUUCAAGACGAAAUGGCGACCGUGACUCGGGACAUUACUCGCGACCAGGCCUCCUGGCGCAAACGGCAAGAAGAGCAUGUAGCCAGGUAUAACGAACUCCAGGCUGCUUACAACCGUGAAGUGAAACUUCGGGAGAAACUUGAGGUCGACAUCAGUGAGUUGGAACAGCAGGAGCGAGAAGCGGCGAAGCUGAAGUUUAUCUUUGGUCAGUCUCAACAAGAGAAUGCCCGGUUGGAAGAGCUAGUGGCAAACCUCAGAAUUGAGAAUCACGACCUAGAGAUAAAGGCGGCUCGCUUUGAGCGCGAGUUUAACGAGGCACGGGAGAGCAGUAGAGUUGAAAUCCAGCGUACCAGAUCUUCGUUGGAGACAGAUGUUGAGGCUGCUAACAGUCAGGUCAACAUUGUCCGUGCGGAACUAGAAGCACAAAUCCUGCGUCUCCAGGGUCAACUGGAUAGUGUCCGGCUCGAUAGUGAUACUGCACAACAACGCUACGAGAUGCUGCUGGAGGAGGCCAAUGAAACUAAGGCCAGUGCUGUGGCCUCGAUGGCGAACACCCAUGAACUUGCUAUGGAAGAGCAGCGCAAGCUGCAUGAGCGCAUCCUCAAUGAUCUUCGCGAGCGCCAUGCCCGCGCCUUGCACAAUGCAUCUGAGGAUAGACAGCGCGCAGAAUCUCAUUUGACGGAACGCUUGGAACUGUCGGAAGAUAAAGCUAAGCACCUUCAGGAUCGUGUUCAUCAUCUAGAAGAGAGGCUCGAAAUUGCUCAGUCCGCUGCUCGUGCUGCCGCUGAAGCCGCUCAGGCAGCCCAGGCAGCGAAGGCAGCUCCUGUGGCCUCGUCUUCAGCACACUCUACAUCCCCAUCGUUGUCAUUCAGCGAGGGAACUAUGGUCCCUGAGAAGAUCUCUCCUCAGGCCUUACGUGAGUCAAUUCUUGUCCUACAGGACCAACUGCAGCAGCGCGAAACCCGCAUCGAGGAACUGGAGCAAGAGGUUGCUUCUUUCGACAAGGAUGCACCGAAUAAGCUCAAAGAGAAGGAUACAGAAAUCACCUGGUUACGUGAACUUCUUGGAGUCCGUAUCGACGAUCUACAGGACAUCAUCAGGACUUUGUCACAACCAUCGUUUGAUCACAACACUGUGCGUGAUGCCGCCAUCCGUUUGAAGGCCAAUCUGCAAAUGCAACAGCAAGAAAAGGAGAGGGCUUCGUCCGGACAGAGUUUCCCCAGUUUUCCUUCCCUUUCCGAGUUGACUGUAUCACCGCGCUCUCUACCCCUCGCUGCCGCUGCCGCAUGGGGCAACUGGCGCAGGGGGAGAGAAACCCCUAAUACCGGCACCUCUGAACAAACACCGUCCAAGCCGAGUAAUGCAACUGCUUUCCUAUCCGGACUUUUGACACCUCCUGGUUCUAACGCUAGACAAGCCACUCCAAAUGCGACUGCUCCUGUUACAAGAGGUUGGAGACAACCAUCAGAGAGUCGCCCCCUCAGAGGCUAUGAUACUACCCCGAGACAAACGUCAGCACGUGCGAGCAGAAUGCAAGAACUACCAAGAACUCCCCCUCUGCUGCGCAGGUCAAGCUAUGACCAUGAUGCCGAGCCCACCGACUAUGGAGAGGGCUCUUGGGCAGAAGAAAACGAGAGUACGGCUGAUGGUCUCGUCUCGGCGUCACCUAAAGAGACCGGAGAUGGUCCAUUUGGACCGCAGAUAGCAUCUUAG